AUGGCGCCUACGCACAAGACACCGUUCGCGCUGAUUCUCGCAGAGUUGGCCAUUUCGACCACGGCAGUGACUCUAUUUGGUAUCAUGUAUCCAGUAGAAUUCAGAUCACGACUAUGGGAGAACGGUGGCGAAGAAGGAUGGAACUCCAACCCUAACAAGCGGAUCUACUAUUAUGCCAACCAUCAAGAGCCACCUGAAGUGCCUCUGAUUUGGAGUCAAAGACUCUACACCUCGAACCUCGCCAUCGCCAUCCUUGGGUUGGUCGUCUUCUUCGCUCGCACGGCCAUGUCACAUCUUCGAUACCUCCCACGCUACGUGAAUAACAUCUACGAUGCGAUCCUUCUCGCGCUCUGGGCAGUGAGCAUUGCGGGCCAAACGUCGAGCGACUUGACCGAUCCUGAACACCCAAGUCCACAUCCUUGUGCCAACAAGAAGUAA